AUGAAUAGAAGAGAUAUAGUAGAAAAUGAAUUGAUAUCAAUUAAGGAUUACAGCAAAAAAUAUCCUUAAUUGUGUAAAGUGUUGGAAUCAAAUUUGUUAGAAUUAGAUAGUCAUUCCUUAUUAUAGCAAUUAUUACCCUAAAUUGUCAGUUCAAAAAAUAUUAAAUUAAUUUAAUAAGGAAUAGGAUUAAUCUAGAAAUUGCAGCAUUUGUCAUCAUUAAAUACAAAUGAUCUUGAUAUCAUAAUUGAAUAUUUUAAUAUUUCAAAAUAGCAGCAGGAUGAAACAAUUGACAUAAGGUUAGUGUCAACUUUGAUUCACAUUAUUGGUCCUGAUAUCAUCGAUUUUUAAAAUUCAAAUCAAAUACUUAAGGUCUUAGAUAUGUUAAUUUACUUUUCCUCUUCCAACAAUCCAAUAAUAGCCUAAUCAUCAAUAUAAGGUAUUCUUACUAUUAGCAAUGUGUUGGAGGAACUACUAUAGAACUAAUAGAAUAAUAAUGCAGUAUUGCAAUCCUAUUUUGAAUUAUUAGAAUUAUUUUUUAAAAUAUUUCAAGAUAAGGAGCAAUCAUUUAUUUAUGUAUCAAACAACUUAAUAUUAUGCAAAGAUAUUUUCAUCAUAAUUCUGAAAUGCGGAAAAUAUUUACAGUAAAUCAAGCAAUUUCAUACUUUUUAUCAUGAAACUUUAUAUACUUACUUAAAAAGUAUUGAUUUAGUUUAGGAGUCAAACAUAAUGAAUAAAAUUAACACAAUUCGAUUAAUAUUCAAUUAUAUUUAAAUAGUAGAUGACAAAUUUGAUUUAAUUGCUCAGUUGAUGACUACAUAUAGCAAAUUAUAACAAUUUGAUUAAAGUAAAAUAGCAAUUCAUGACGGUAUAUUAUGUCUGUAUUCAAAUUUAACAAUAUUCAAAAAUUUAUUAAUAAGAUAACCAUUUGGUAAUAAUUUUAGUGAUUAUAACGAUUUAAUAUUGAAAUCCCUUUAUUAAUAUAGCCUUUUUGGAAUUAAAGAAUUUUUCACACAGUAAUCUCCAAAGCAGAAUAUUUUAAUAAACAAAUUAACGGCAUCUUAUAUUGAAUGUAAUUUGUAAAUGCUUCCAAAUAUUUUUGUUUAAUAAAUAAAAACUUUAAUUUAGAUAAUUACUGAGAAUAUAUAAAAAUUUCUUUAAUUAGAUGAAUUUCAAAAUGAGGGGACAGGUUUAUUAUAAGAAAUUAAAAACUAUAGUAGACUUAUACAAUCUCAAGUAUUUAACGGUGAAAAUGAAGAUUAGAUGGCAGAAAUUUAAGAAACUGAAAACGAUGAUAUAAGAUUUAAGACCUUUUUUGAUAAAUUAUGGCGACCUCUUCUAAAAAUUAUGAAGCAGAUUCUAAAAAUAGCUAAUAAUUAAUAAUAUAUCAAUUUAUUAGAAUAUUUAUAAUCUUGGACUUAGUUUAGUUUAGAGCAAGAUUAAACUAACACAUUUUAAUUGCUUAUCAGAUUUUUGGCUGCUUAAUCUGCUCCAUUAUCUUUAAAAUAUGAUGAGAAUGAUAAAUGGUUAAUAGCGUGCAAAGUAUUUGAAGAAAUUCUUUAUAAUAAUGUAAAUUUCUUAACAGCGAAAACAUGGAAUCUUAUUUUCUAAACAUUAUAAAGAAUAGAAUAAGUUGUUUCUAAAUCAACAUCAAUUAAGAUGACUACUGAGUUAUUUUAUCGGAGUUCUUAAUAUCAAGACACAACUGUAUUUUAAAUGGUAGACGGAUUAAAUUAACUAGCACUUUAAGUGUCAGAAAGACUUCAAAUAAGUCAAAAGAAAACUUUCGAUUCAAUUUAUAAAUCCUUUGCAAUUGAUAAACUAUUGCUAAUAAUUGAUAAUAAUUGGUAAAGAAUUCAUUAGCUUUGGACUAUAAUAGAUGCUUUAUAUUUCUGUCUAUGUAGUUCCAAGGUGAUGGAAAUGAGGCUUAAUGCUAUUCAUAAAUAUAGAGACACCAUUAUUUCAGGUAUUGAAUAUAGUAAAAAUAACAAAUGGAAAUGGGGAGACAAAUGGGUAUAAUAUUUGUUAAAUCCAUUAUCUGAAUUAAUAAUGUUGCCAUAUGAGGAUCUGAAGGAUAAUAUCUUAUAAAUAAUUUCAAAUUUAAUUCAUGAACAUCACAAAUAUUUGCCCUCAGAUGCUUUUCAAAUUUUUGUUUUAUUAUUUGAGGUUUUAUUAAAUGAUUUUUUUAGCAAAGAAGGCAUUCAACAAGAAUUAAGUUAAUAAGUGCAGAAAUAACUAAUUUUCAGAACUUAGUUAUCCAUCUAAUGCAUGUUUGAGAUACUAUCCAAUCAUAUUGAAGGUUUAGAUAACACAUCAAUAUGUAAAUUAGCCUCAAUAUUGAUUUAACUAGAUAAAGAAAGUCAUUUCAAUUUUGAAACUACAAAUAAAAUCAUAUAUAUGACUUGGCAAAUUCAAGAGAGGCUUGUAAAAUUAAAAAUCACAGACCAUGAGUUCUGGUAGAUUUCUAUGAAACUAUUUAAAAACUGUUUAGAUAAUCAAGACGAUCUAAAAUAUGCAUCAAUUCAUAUAUCAAGUUAAAUCUGCUGUAUAGCUUAGGAAUCUUAAUUUACAGAGAUGUUUUAAAUCCUGGAAGAAUUAAUUUAAUAUUCAAUGGAAUAUUUUCUUAAAGUUGAAUAGCAUUAGCUCUUGUUCAUUUAAUAGACUCCUAGGUUUCUAACAUUACCUAUGGAAACUCCUAAGUUCUCAGGAUCAAUUAAGUAAAUGGUUUUCGAUAAAUCUACAUCCUUAUAACUAUUUAAACAGUAGUUUGAAUUAGUAAAGUUGUGUAUCUCAAGAAUGAUAGAUGUGAUUAUUCAUAAAUCAUUAUAUCCUAAAUUCUACUAUUAUUUGCAAUUAUUUAAUCAGGCAUAAUGUGUUUAUGUAAAGCAUGAAAUAGCAAUGGCUUGUUAAAAGAUAAUAAAGUCAAAUUCAGAUAAACAGCUAAUAAUAGGGGCUAUUGAUUUCUUGAUUACUAUAAUUAACAAUGAAUAAACUUUAGAUGUGGAAGAUGUUUAAUUUUAUAUAGAGAAUAAAACCUUCUAAAUUUUUUGUGAUGUAAUUAAAUUAACGGUUACUAUAAAUCAUAAGAAAGGUUUGCAUGCUUUAUAGUUGCUGUUCAAUUUUUUAUGUUAAGAUCAAAUAAUCCUACAUUUGAAUGAUGAUAACAAUAUCUUCAAAUACUAUCAUAAAUCAUGUUUGUAAUUUGAUAUGCUUGAAGAAGAUAUAAUAGCAGAGUGGUUUCACUUUUUAAACUAAUAAAUCUCCUAAUUAAGUGUCAAUGCAAAGCAUCACUUAUUUAUUGAGUUUCUUAUCAAUAGUUUUGAAGCAUUAAUUAGUAAAAGACAACUAAACAAAAAUGAAAUAGAGGAAGUCAAUAAAUUUAUCGGUGUUCUAAAUGACUUUUUAAGUAAAUGCUAGUUAUUGAUGAAUGAUAAUUCUGAAAAACUGCAAUUAAUUUUGUUUCCAUCUCUAAACAAUAUUUUAAUUAGAAUGAUACCAUUUUUAGAUUACAAUUAAAUUGAAUAGUUAUUUGAACCGCUUAUUACGUCGUAAUUAGCAAAUUCAAAAAAAAGAACAUAAGAUUUGGUCUCCUUUUUUGUCAAUGAUGCACAAUCAUUUUUAAAUAGCGAAUAAUAAGAUGUUGUUGUUUAAUUGUUUACUAAUUAUUACAUCAAUAAAUUAAAAAUAUCAGAUCCAGAAUCACAAUAAUUGAUUAUAAUUAGUUUAGUGGCAAUUCUAGAGAGAGAUAAUUCAAUAGUAGAAAAAUUUUCAUUGUCUAUUCGAGUUUCUCUUUUAAAUAGCAUCCAUGAAAAUUUUUAAUUUUUCCUGAACGAAGAAAAUACUUCAUUGGAGAAAUAAUUGAAUAUUUAAUCUAUGUUAGAUUUUCUGAGUAGAUUAGAGAAAGAUGAUUUAAAAGAAUUUUAUCUGACAUUUGUAAAGAUGAUAAAAUGUGAAUCAUUAGAAAUCAGAACAAAACUUAUUACAAUUCUUAGUAAAUAUGUUUGA